UGAUUUCCGGGGGCUUUUGAGGGGGUUGAGGGGUUUUGCUUGGGUUGGGGGUUGUUUUUUUUGGGGUCUGUGUGUAGUUGUGAACUGGAAAUGGCUGGCCCUUGCUAGCCUGGUGUGUGAUGUGAUGAGUUUGGGAAGGGCAGUUUCCAUUAGAAGCAGUGGCAGGGAUGGGGAUGGAUGCCUUUGUUGUUCCAGGCCUGUUGGGGGGCCCGUGUCCCUCGCAGUCCCUGCCUUCUGCCCUGGAGUGGAAGCUGACUAGGAGAACUAUGUAUCAGAACAACCUGGCCAUUUUCUGGCUGAGAUGCCAGCUCUGAUGGCAUGGAGGGCCCUGGGGGCCACCCCAGGUGCCUUACCUCACUGCGGUGUGUAAUAAAUCACUGACGAUGGAGCCGUGAUGACUGAAAUAACUGGUGUGAGAUGUCUGAUUUCCUGCCACUGCCUCUCAACACCCUCCACAGUGCCCUUCCAUGCCUGGGUAUGGCCUGGGUGAAGGGGACCUCAGGGUUAGGGAAGGAGGCCAUGUGUGUCUUUGAAACAUUGCAGCAUCCCUGUCUCCCUGAAUUUGCCUCCCAGAAGGCUCACAGCCACACCUCAUUCCUUCUGGUGGUUGAGUGCCAGGGGGCUCUGGGGUCAAUCAGGCUUGGGUUUCUCAGCAGAGCCCCUCUAGCUAUGUGGCCUUGGAUUUGUCACCUCUCUGAGCCUUUGUGUCAGAAGGGGCAGAAUAAACAUGACAGUCUCAUUUCUCAGAAACAUCACUGAGACAAAAACAGAUGACAGCAGUCAACCACUUCUUCCCACAAGGCACUCAGCACAGUGCCUGCCACUCAGCCAGAUCACAGGAUGUGGGAGGUAUCAGCCCCCAUGUGUUCCUGCCCAGGCCCAACCCCCCUCCUUGCCUCAUUGCUCCCUAUCUGUGAAAUGGAGCUUAGAUGGCUAGAGCCAGGGUCCAGCUAGAGGACAUGUCCACGUGGCGUCUCCAGGGCCCUAGAGGAGGGAAUGGGAGGGGAAGGGGAGGGGUGAGGUGUCAGUUCCCCAUUGGUCUAGGCCAGGUGUUCUGUGGCGGUCCCCAUACCAUACAAGCACACACACAUCUGCACGCCAGCCACAGACUGUACUUGCUGAGCUGGCUCCUGGGGCCAUGAGGCUGUCAUUGUCACUGCUGCUGCUGCUGUUCGGAGCCUGGGCCAUCCCAGGGGGACUCGGGGACAGGGCCCCACUCACAGCCACUGCCCCACAACUGGACGAUGAGGAGAAGUACUCAACCCACAUGCCCUCUCACCUGCGCUGUGAUGCCUGCAGAGCUGUGGCUUACCAGAUGUGGCAAAAUCUAGCAAAGGCAGAGACCAAACUUCAUUCCCCAAACUCUGGGGGGCAGCGGGAGCUGAGCGAGUCUGUCUACCUGGAUGUCCUGGACCGGAGCUGCUCUCGGAACUGGCAGGACUACGGAGUUCGAGAAGUGGACCACGUGAAACACCUCACAGGCCCAGGACUUAGCAAGGGGCAAGAGCCAAGCAUCAGCGUGAUGGUCACAGGGGGCCCCUGGCCCACCAGGCUCUCCAGGACCUGUUUUCACUACUUGGGGGAGUUUGGAGAAGAGCAGAUCUAUGAAGCCCACCAACAAGGCCGAGGGGCUCUGGAGGCAUUGCUGUGUGGGGGACCCCACAGGGCUUGCUCGGAGGAGGUGUCAAACACAAGAGAAGAACUCUAGUCCCAGAGUGUGCCUUCCUCUGAAGGAAGCUGGGCUUGCUCUGAAGGUCUCCACUCCCUGUCUGCAGGCGGCCAGGAGGGCAGGAAAGCCUUGCUCUGUGCUGCCACCCUGCCUCCCUCCUCUAGCUUCAGGGCACUGGGGCCUGGGUGGGAGCCAAGGCCUUCCCCUCUGGACUCAAAUAAAACCCAGUGACCUCA